AUGGCACCUCUGCUACUUUUCGUCUUUUUGAGAGGACUGCCGCGUCCACUCGAACCAAUCCCUGUUGACAUUGAAUGCUCAAAAACUGUUGGAGACUUGAAAGAGGCCAUCUUUCCGAAGAUUGUUCAUUCACUGGAGCACAAAAUCGACGCCGCCGCACUGAGCCUCUAUAAAGUCGACUUUCCUGAUGUUUCUGAUGUUGGCGAGCUUGAGGCGGUGGCCUCUAAAGCCAAGAAGGAGAAGCUGUUAGCGUCGCUCAAGCUGUCAUCGGCCUUCACAGCAAAUCCUCCAAAGCUCACCAUCAGCAUUCUCGCUGAGCUCCCACAGUCUUUUGAUGAUGAACCUCCCAAGAAAAGAGCCCGCUUGGCUGCUCAGUCCGAUAUCUUCAAUGACCUCUCAGCCGAUUGGCAUGGAAUUUGGGCUACAUUUUGGGGUAACCCUUCUUCCAAACAUAUUGUUGAGGAAUCUGUACGUCUACCCGAUGGAAGAACACUGAAACCUGCAGGCGAUGAGACGAAAUACAAGUACCUCACACUCCCUGAUGAUGGCGUCUUCCCUUGUGAUUUGAGCCGAGUACUCAUCACCAACACGUACAGGUUACUCUAUAGCAGGUUGUGCGAAGAGGAGAAGGUCCACAGUGAGACUCCUCGUGCAGAACGCUUCAUUGCAUUAUCACAUUCAACAAUCAUUAUGGGCCAGCCUGGCAUAGGGAAGACAGCAGGUCUCUCCUGCAUCCUCGUAUGGCGACUUCAACAAAAGAAGCCAACUGUUUACUGCAACAAUAAGGCAUAUGCUUUUGUAUUCACUGAUAGUGGGGUUCAGCAAGUUUUGCUGAGCCGAGAAUGGCGCAUUAAUUUUCUCGAUCAGUCCGUUGACUGCUGCAGAGUCGUGGUCGCGACAUCCCCCGAUUAUGAUAGCGUGAAGGCAUUCAAGAGCAAUGUUGCCAAGACAUUCUAUCUGCCCACAUGGAAUUUACUGGUGCAACCACAGGCCACUGAAUUAUUGAGGGAUAUCUUCCAGAAGUUAGGCGGCAUUCCACGGAAAUGCUUCCGAGCCAUUUCUCUUGAUGGGAAGGAGCAUGAAAUGCAGAAAAUCGAUCAGGCUAUCAACCAAAUCAGUGGCCUACAAGAUUUUAUGCAUUCAGAAAGUGGGUUUAUGUGGUUCGAUAGCAGUCAUCCUCUCCUACGCAUCGAACCCAGUGACGAUACCUGGAUAGCUCCAGUCAUGGAGCUGUUGAGCGAUUACGUCGCAAGACGCGUGUUCAACAGGAUCAAACUCUUUCAGAUCAGCCUGAGGGAACUUCGUGAUUGCAUUGACCACCCACUCUCCAUCCGCACAGCACAUCGCUGGAGUGGUAAGCUCUUUGAAAUGGGAGUCCACCGCCGAUUUCGCGAAGGCAUCGAGUUCCAACCCAUGGCCACAGAUAGUGAGGCGCCUGCCCUAACGGUGCAGAUCAAGAAGGCCAAUAGCGAAGCUGAAGGCUACUUCCACUCUCUGUCUGUUCGAGCGAAGUCUGGCUCUCACGACGUACACCAUCGUUUUCUUCAACGUUACCUCAUACCCCUUUCGCCCAUGGAUGAAACCAUCCAUGCUAUCUGUAUAUCGAAGGCGGUUACGGUUCUUUUCCAGAUUACCAUGUCCCCAGUUCAUGACCUCAACCUGAAAAGCAUAACGAAACUCACCAAGGAACUGCCCAAUAAUGCACGGAAAAGAGUCUGCGUUGUCUUUGUGGUUCCUGGAUCCAAGGAAACAGCGGGACCUUACAAACGUCAAAAAAUUGUACCCACUACUGGAGUAGCUGAAGAUGAGUUUCGAACAGUACAGGCUUACCACCAAUACGUUUAUUACUUCCCGAUGACUUUUUUCUAAUUUUAUUCUCACUACUUACUUCUC